UUCGGUGACUGACACAUGCACUCCGUCUCACCCAUAGAAAUUUAAGGAAUGACUCAGAGAGUCCCAAAACGCCACUCUGACUAAGCACAACCACAGCCCCUUCAAAUUCCUCCCGAUAAGCUUCACAUCGAGAGACGUUUCGUCAGCCUAAUCUUUUUUUUUUUCCCGGUAAUUAUCAUCCUAGUCUUUGUUUCCAACGCUACUUCGCAAUUCACAGUACCGUUUAUUGAUCGAUCUGUCCGAUUAAGCCUUUUGUCCGUGAGUCCGAACAAACUAGCGAGUUCAAGACAUAUGGCUUCAGCUGAUGAAACCAUGAGCAUACACUCUUCUAGUAUGAUGGAUGAUGAUCAGUACGAGGACACGGAUGAUGGUUAUGAUGAUGAUGAUCAUCGACCUCACAGCCUGUCCAGGCUAUCCAUAUGUACAAGCAACUCCACCUACGGCCAUGAUGACGAUGACCAUGAGGAGGAGGAGGAGGAUGGCAUCAGGAUGUUCAUGUCAGGGUUAUCGAUUCAGAGCUUCGAUUUGGAUGCAGAUGAAGAAUUCUCGGAACAAAAAGAUAGUAAAGACGUAAUAAUCGAGGGUUUGUCUUCGGAUUCGGAAGACAACGAGUCAGUGGGAUGUUACUCGAUGCCGGCAACACCUUCACAAGUGCGGAAGCAUCGAAGCAGUACUACUUGUGUAUCCCGACAGAAUCUCAUAGGGGUAAAAGAGUACGUCAGCGAGAAUGAAGCUCAAAGGCUGAUGACGAGGAAGAGCACUAGCAGUAGCAGGAAGGGGAGAAGGAAAAGAAGACUCGCCGGAGGCAGAUGGCUAGAGAGAGCAAGAUCUUCGUAUUACGAUGAUAAGAAUAACAAAGAUGAUGAGGAAGUAUCAGUUUUUGGUGGUGGUGGUGGUUGGAAUUGGACUAAUAGUUUUAGCGGGGAGAGUGAGAGUGGAGGUGGAGGAGGAGGAGGAGGAGGAGGAGGAGGGGUGAUGGUGAUAACGAGGCCAAAGGGAGGGAAGAGGUCGCUGUGUAUGGACAUGGAGGAGGUGAAGGCGUGCCGAGAUCUUGGGUUCGAGUUGGAGUUGGAGCCCAUGACCAUACCCAUACCCGUGCCCAGCCGCCUCUCCCUUUCAGCUUCUUCCACUCUUGACACCGCCAGCAGUGGUGGCACUUCUCCAAUCGCCAAUUGGCGCAUCUCUAGCCCUGGUAUUUUUUAUAUGUGAUGAUCCGCGAGAUGUGAAAGCUCGGCUCAAGGUUUGGGCACAGGCUGUGGCACUAGCAUCAUCUACCUCUCGACACGGCUGCUAGUAUUCACCCUCAUUUCUUUCUUUUACUUUUUUUUUUGUUUCCUUUUCCCUUUUGUGUGAUGAGUGCACUGGUUUUUCUUCGUUCUCAUUCCUGUAGAGUAUAGUUUCCUGAAGAUUCUUCCCCCGGGGGGAGGAGGAGGAAGGAUGGGGAAUUGCUUUUAGUUUUAGGUUCCCUUUCUUACCUUUUCUUUUUUUUAUCUUUUUUUUUUUCAUGGGUGAAAUUUUACACGUGCUGUGAAUAUGUUUAAAGGGUGGAUUGAAACAGUUGAUUUCAGAUUAAGCGACUGAUUUUUGUACAUUAUACAAACACUUCCGAAAGUAACCUUGCCUUGGUAAAUACUAGUUUGUUAUUUCUUCGG